AUGACAGAAAUAAAUAUGCGACUAGAGGACUGGCUGGAUGACCUAUGCGUUCGGUUCAUUGUAAACCUCCCCAGAGAAGAGCUCGAGUCCGUUGAGCGAAUAUGUUUCCAAGUCGAAGAAGCUCAGUGGUUCUAUGAGGACUUUAUCCGGCCACUCGAUCCAAACCUGCCGUCUCUCAAACUUCGCGAGUUUGCACUUCGCAUCUUUCAACACUGCCCUCUGAUGUCGCAAUGGUCCCAUUAUCAUCAUUCAACUGCAUUCUCCGAAUUUUUGGCAUACAAGACAAGAGUCCCUGUGCGUGGAGCUAUUCUUCUCAAUCAAGAGAUGGAUGAGGUCGUGCUCGUCAAAGGCUGGAAGAAAGGCGCAAACUGGUCGUUCCCUCGUGGUAAAAUAAACAAGGAAGAGAAGGAUCUGGACUGCGCUGUCCGAGAGGUCUUUGAAGAGACUGGCUUUGAUAUUAAAGCUUCUGGCCUUAUUAAGGACGAGAAGAACGUUAAAUACAUCGAGAUACCAAUGCGUGAGCAGAAUAUGCGACUUUACGUACUUCGAGGAGUGCCUAAAAAUACCCACUUCGAGCCUAGGACGCGAAAGGAAAUCAGCAAGAUAGAAUGGUAUAAGCUCUCCGAUCUUCCGACUUUGAAGAAAAACAAGCAGCAGGAAAACGUGCCUUACCAAAAUAAUAAUAAGUUCUACAUGGUUGCGACGUUUCUAGGCCCUCUCAAAAAGUGGAUUGCGAAACAGAGGAAGCUGGACCAGGCCCGGAUCUCACAUCCCCAUAUGAUCAUUCAGGAGGAGUUGGGUGGAGCGAUAAUCACAGAAGAUGAAGGAGUUGAAGACCACCAGGACAUCACUGGAGGGUAUCCGGCACAUCAUGUUCCAAGCAUGCCAACUCUACCACCUGUUCAUUCAGAUUUACCCGAAGUGUCUGCGCCACUUGAUCCCACUAUUCAUUUGAAACGCCUGCUUAACAUUGGAUCAGUUGCUCCUGCCACUCAUAGCAAGCAACCCGACUCUGACCAUCAACAACAACAGCAACAGCAUAUUUCGAAUAUUGAUAAAGGGAAUGCCCUCCUACAAUUACUUAGGAAAGGGUCUGAAGCACAUCCUCCCGAACAUCCACCUCUUGCGCCCAUACCAGUACAUCCUAGCAGAGCACUUCCGACUGUACACUCGCAGCAAACAACACCACAGCCAACUCCCGGUCAGGCCGUUGCCCCUCCCCCAACACACCUUGACUUCGGAAACCAGUACUUGCAACACCCACAGAACCAAACAGACAACCAACAGCUAUAUAACUAUUUGGAACGGAAACCUGCCGCCCGACCCCAGGACGGCUAUGUAGGGCAAACACCUCACCAAGCAUCCCAUGAGCCAGCUAAACCGCCCUUCACUGCUUAUCCGCCACCGUUGCGUCAAAUUGGCCCGCAACCACCAUCCCACAGCACUCAGCAUAUAACCCCGCCUUACCACCGUACUGGAGAUCCUCAGUUUGUCUCGGAUCCCCAAAAACUGCAAUCAAACAUGCCCUCUGUACCUCCAGCACAUGCGCUACCUUUGCCAAAACUUAACAGUCACUCACUUGCGCUGCUUAGUGUUUUCAAAGGUGAUAGCCUUAAGAACACUGUAACAAUUCCAGGCUCCAUAUCUACACCGUCAGUUGAAGCAUUUAAACAAGAGGAUGCAAAAGCUCAACACAAAAGUCAACUCCUGGAAAUGUUAAAGCAGCCGAGUAACUCAUAUUCUCAAAACGGUGGCAGUUUGCACCUGCCAGACCGUGCUGAACUUGCGACUCAGAACAGCCCGAGGAUUCAGGGACAAUCAGGGAUGCAGCCUCCAGGCCUAUCUUUAAGCAGUCAAGUCAAGGCCCCAGUGAUAUUGCAAAACCCGCAUCGACCCAGGACUCCUACUCAGCCUACUGUAGGGAAGACAGGAGCCACCUUGUCCGCACCCUUGAAUCUUCCUAACUUUGAAGGGAUCGCCAAGUCACCACGCAGCCCACGCAGCCCACGCAGGGAGAAGAAACACGCCCCCGCCCAAACAUCAAUGGCGAAGCCAAAUAUCAGAAUCCUCCCUCGCCCAGCGUCAAACAACAAUGAGGGUAUACCGCAGACGGUGAAAGUUCAUAGCCCGUCUCCCGCUCCGCCUAGACCUAACGUCAAGCUUUCAGAGGUAACAAAACCGUUCAAGCCCAAGAUUCUUCGUCGUCCGGACAAGGAUAAUCUUGAUGCAUACCUUCCUACUUCUACGGUUACUGUGAGUGCUUUCUCAAAGCCUGAGCCACUGCCGGUCAGCGACGAUGACGUGGUGCAGAAUACCCAGCCACAGCCUCAAUUCGAUCAACGGCCAAGCCAAUCGACUGCUCAAAAAGAAGCACUCCUUUCCCUUUUCAACAAAGACCCCUCUUCUCAACCCAUUGGUGAAAAGCAGGAUAUCACGACACAUACUAAAUCUCCAGUCCUCGUAUCUCCUCCAUUCUCAACCCUCAUCAGCCCUACUACUGAUCCACUCAACAGCCCGAAAGAAACUACCAGGGGAAGUGGGUUUGAGAAACAGAGUAGUGUGGCGUCUUCUUCUAAUCAGGCGUUUUUACUUGGAUAUCUAGAAGGGGUUGCCAUGGGCAAGAAAUAG